AUGAGUUCGGAAGAUCAAUUUACUUCCAUCCAGUGGGAUAGGGAAGAAGUGGGAAAAGACACGGCCGAUACAACUGCAAAAAUUGGGCCAAUCUCAGAGGAAUCCAACUCCCAGCACCAGUUACCCAACUUCAGCUCCGAAGGCAAGGCAAGCGAUUUAACUGAGCAAAGAAAAACAACACAGGAUAGUUUGACAAAUGAUGAGGGCCAAUUGCUGGCUACUGAAGAGGCACCUAGCAGUGAGUCUAAUGGCGAUGAACCUAGUGCCUCAUUACUCGUUUCGUCUGAGGUGGGAGGAGAUCAGCCUGAUCAUAGUAAGCGUAUCGAUAUUGAUGAAUCACAGGGUGAAGUAGCUACUGAGACUGAAACGGGAUAUAACGAACCAACAGCAGAUAUGGUUUCAUUAAAAGCCAGGGCUCAACCUGUGGAUACGACAUUAUUUGACAAGUACAAGAUUGAAGUUUCUGCUACCCACCCUAGUAGGGAUUUAGAUGCGUCAUCAAAACCAUUCAUUUCUUACUUGGUCACAGCAACAACUGAUAAUCCAAACAUACUCAAACUUGUUAAAGACAAAUCAUCUGAAGGCGAUGGCCAGUACCGUACUUUUAGUGUACGUCGUAGGUAUGGAGACUUUCGGUACUUGUAUGAGAGUUUGAGUAAUGAUUUCCCCACGGUUAUGAUUCCUGUUUUGCCAUCCAAGCUGAAUAUCAAGUACUUGACUGGAGACACUUUCAGUCAUGAAUUUGUACACAAGAGAUUGCAUUCAUUGGAUAGAUUUUUAAGGUUUAUUAUCCAACACCGUGUUUUGUCUCAGCUGUCAAUUUUUCACCUUUUUAUCAGUGAUUCAAAUGAUUGGAACACCUUUACAACUUCUUUAAAGCUCAAAGAGUUGAAUGUUAAUGGUGAGCAAGGGGGGUUGGUGAAUAAAGUUGUUAAUGAAGAGUUGAUAACGGAAAAAUUAAUGAAUUUCCUCACGUCUUCGAAGCACAAGAAAGAAACUAAUCGGGACAUAUUGGAGAUUAACGACAAGUUGAAGAAAUUGUAUGAAAAUUUACUUAAGUUAGACCGCAUUUUUACCAAAUUGAACCGCAAGAACCGUGAUUUAAAGAGCGAUUAUGAACAGCUUCUGAAGCAGAUUUUGAAGAUUUCAAAUUUGCAAAGUGAUCAACGAGAAGAUUCCACUAUUAUGUCCAACUUUAAAAUAUUUGCUGAGGCACUUGAUUUUUUCCUGGAUUCAUGGGGACUGUUGUAUACCUAUAUGGAUGAAUCGUUUUUAGUUCUGUUGAAAGAUUGCUCAAAGUACAUCAUUGGCCUUACAAAUUUGAUUGAGUUGCUACAUAACAAAAAGAUUGAUUUACAAGUGUUGCAGGAUUACUUAAACAAGAGUAGACAUGAGUUGGGGAAUGCAACUGGCCUGCACCAUCAACCAAGCCAUCAAACUAGUAAUAGCCCCACUGGCAUCGUGAGUAGUACAACUCAAUUGAUUAAAGAUACAAUUUCAACGUCAGCUACUCCUCAUAUAGGAUCAAGUGCUACUGAUUCCAAAAUCCAUAAGUUACAAGUCAGGGUACAAGAAUUGGAAAAUGAGAUUGAAUUGCAAGUCAAGUUGAUCAAUGAUUUUACUGAUAAGAUUAUCAAUGAAGAGUAUCCUAAUUGGGAGCAAUUUAAUAAAUUAGAGUUGAGAAACUCUAUGCUUGGAUUAUGUGAUAAACAAAUUGAUUUUUAUAAAGGACUAGUUGAUAAUUGGAGUGAUGUUGAAUUAAAACUUUCGAAGCGAUUGGAGGAGUUGAGUUGA